UCUUCAUCUCUCCAUCGUAGUCCAUUCCCAUGCUCGCCCAUCACUACUAGAAUACCUCAUUGAUCUGUAGAGGAACUCCUUUCUAGGCCACGACCAACCUCCAUUUCCUUCCUAAAUAAACUCACCAGUAGAAGAUGAGUGGUAAAAGUAUAGAGGACCACCCCAAAAGACCUGGCCAGCAGCAGAGCAGUGCAACCCGAUCGAAGCUGAUGAUUCUUCUGCUCGUAAUUUUGACUAAUAUGCUCUCCAUCUACCUCUUCUCAGGCCUCUCAUUGGAGAACGCCCCCCGGAUCACCCUCUGGGACUCCAAGGCCCUCCUCCAAGUGCUCGACUCCACACGACACAAGCUCUCCGCCAGCGAAGCCCAGCUCGCCGAACUCCACCGCCGGCUCUCCACCUCCAACUCCCUCCUCGAGACCCUCCUCGACGAGCUCGGCAAGGCCCAUGGCGACAAGACCCCCUCGCAGAAUCUCGACGGCUGGCAAAACGAGCUCUCCCGGGAGCUCAAGCUUGCGGUCGGGCCCCACAAACUCCCCCGUGGAUUCACUCCCCUCCUCGGCACCCGCGAGCUCUACCCCACGCUCGGCUCCCCCUGCCGCCGAUUCCAAGCCGACCUGACCGACUACAUGUCUUAUGAAGUCGGCAAGGAGUGCCCCAGCGACGACAUCUUCGCGCAGAGAUUGAUGCUCAAAGGCUGCGAGCCGCUCCCCCGCCGGCGAUGCCAUCCGAAAUCUCCCGCCGGCUACGUCGAGCCCACACCAUUCCCAACGAGCCUUUGGACCAUCCCGCCGGACACCAGCAUCGUCUGGGACGCGUACAGCUGCAAGAACUACACCUGCUUAGUUAACAGAGGCAAGGCCAAAGGAUCCUACGACUGCAAGGAUUGCUUCAACCUGAACGGCCGGGAGAAGGUCCGGUGGGAAUACGACAACGGCAAUCUCGACUUCGGGAUCGACAGCGUCUUGGGGACCAAACCACCGGGAACGAUCCGAAUCGGCCUCGACAUCGGCGGUGGCACCGGCACCUUCGCGGCUCGGAUGCGGGAGCGCGAUAUCACCAUCGUCACGAGCUCGAUGAACUUUGACGGGCCGUUCAAUAACUUCAUCGCGUCGAGAGGGCUCGUGCCGAUUCACAUCAGCAUCGCCCACCGGCUUCCUUUCUUCGACAACACGCUCGACAUCGUGCAUUCGAUGCAUGUGCUCAGCAAUUGGGUCCCCGACAUCAUGCUGGAGUUCGCUCUCUACGAUAUCUACCGGGUGCUGCGGCCGGGGGGGUUGUUCUGGCUGGAUCACUUCUUCUGCAUCGGCAAACAGCUGAACUCCACGUAUGUGCCCAUGUUCGACCGGAUUCGAUUCAAGAAGCUGAGGUGGAACGCCGGUCGGAAGUUGGACAAGGGGAUAGACAAGGAUGAGUGGUACGUUUCUGCACUGCUAGAGAAGCCCAUGACCUGAUGAGUUCCAUAUGACCCAUGACUAGAAUCAAAGGUUGAGACUGGGGGUUUGUGAGUGCGCUGGUGGACGUAAGGGAGGUCAUGAAGGGAGCUAAAGAUCAGAUGCUCGAUGGAGAUGAACGAUCUUAUGCUGGAUUUGGUUUUGACUUUUUGUUCGUAUGCAUACUUUGCUUCUUUCUGAUGCAGAAUGAAUUCAUUGGGGAUCGGUAGCAACAGGCAUAUAUGGGCCGUAUGUAUGUGUUGUCUUUUUUGAGUGAAUAAAUUCAGUAUGUAUGUGUUGUCAACCAUUGUUCUGGAAAACAAAUUGAAUAAAUAAAAACUUCAAAU